UAACGAUAAGGCCAAGAUGGCGGAUUAAAUCAGAAAAAUAAGUGAAAUUAUUAGAAAAGUUCAUUAUGCCAGGUAAAAAAAAGCUCAAAAAGAAAAAGUCGUCGAAAUCUAAAAGCAAAGAAGGACAUGAUCCAGUCGCUCCGGAAUAUUUAGAUGCUCCUGUGAAGCCAGGACAGAGACUUGUCGAACUAUUGACAACUCACAAAGUUGAAGAGAAAGAGCUUCAUGGGUUCAAAGUGACUACUAAAGUUCUUGAGCAGUUAACUCCACAAGAGAUUAGAGACCUCAAGAUUGUUUUUGACACCUUUGAUGGAAAUUCAGAUGGGUACCUGAAUGUAGUUGAGUUUAGGAAGGCAUUUAAAGUACUAGGGUUCAGGAUCAACAAGAAAGUUGCCAAACAAAUGGUUACCGAUGUUGACUUGAGGAAAAAAGGUGCAAUAGAAUUUAAUGAAUUCUUAGAGUUUGUUAUUGAGAGGCAGAUGGACUCCAGAGAUGUUAAGGCAGAGAUCAUGCAGGGCUUUGAUAUGUUUGACUAUGAUAAGCAGAGCAAGAUCAGUAUGGACAAUCUGAAACAAGCAUGUAGAGAGACAGGUGUUAAGUUCUCUAUACAAGAGUUAGAGGAGAUGAUGGAAGAAGCUGAUGCUAAUGGAGACUCAUUCAUAGAUCCAGCAGAAUUUGAGCGUGUAAUGUUACAGACUAACUUGUUUUACUGAUUGCUCAACAUUGAAUGGUUCAUACAUUAGUGUCCUGGAUCUAGCCCUGGCCUUUAUUGAGUAGGAAGAAUUCAAUAAAUUGGACUGGGCUU